AGGUAAGCAAAAUAUGUAAAGUAAUUAAAGUGUGAAGGUAAGAGAUAAUUUGUAAUGUUAUACCACAAUCUAGUGGACAUUAAUAUGUUUAAAUUAUUUUUAUCUAAUUCUAACUGUGACGCAUUGAAACGGUGACGUAGCGGGACUGGGCCGUUUUAUUGUGGUGUUGUGUUUAAAAGUUUUUAUUAGGCGCAUGAGUCGGUCGAGUCGAGACCAGUGCGUUUGAAUGUCCGGCAUGGGAACGUUUGUUUAUGGCGAACUAUAUAGUGUUAUAGUUUAAAUACACGUGUACCUGUUCAGUGUGAUUAUCGAGUGAUGGGAAAAAUCCUACGUUUUUGAAUCAUGACAAAUUUUCUGUCUCGUGAGGGUGUGUUUCAAAGUGUCGUUUAGUUCUUAAAGUGCAAUUAUUGUUUUGUUUCUAAUUUACAUAAGUACUCUGUAAAUAUUCUGUCCUUUUGCCAUUGAGAUUUUGAGAUGUGCGUUCAAUUUACAAUUUAGAUUGGAUGUGAAUAAAAUCUACCAGGCUGGCAUAAUGUUCGAGAGCUUCCUCGAAAUAGCAUUUGAAGCCGAAGUGUUGAAUACUGAAGAGAAUGAGGAGUUCUUAGACCUGGCUGCGGAGUUAUGCAAUGAGAAUAUAGCCACAAGAUCAGAAUCGCUCCAGGAGCUGCGGGAUAUGAUAAAAGACCGCGGCGAGUGUACCCCCUUCAGAAGCGACGACAAAUUCCUGCUGAAGUUUCUUCGGUCGAGAAAUUACAUCGUACCAAAAGCGCAUAGGCUGCUGGUCCGGUAUUGUACAUUGAGGGAACAGUACCCCUAUUUGUGGCAGGAUGUGGACCUCUGGUCCUUGGAGAAGGUGAGGGACGCUUAUGAAGGGACAAUAUACGACCGACCUGAUAUUGGUCGUAUUUCUAUAUUCAGAUUUGGAACGUGGGACCCGAAUGAAUAUCCUAUAGAAGAUCUGGUAAAAGCCGGGGCGUCUCAGGUUGAGAUUGGUUCGCGGCAGCCGAAGCUACAAAUAAUAGGUGGAACCCUCAUUGUGGAUUUGGAAGGGAUCACGUUACGGCACGCGGCUACGUUGACACCCACUGUGGCUUACCAAAUUGUCGCUUUAUUAGGAUUGGCCACGCCAAUGCGCCUCAAGUCCUGCCACUUCAUCAACUACUCCUGGUUGUUGAACUCCUUCUUCUAUCUCUUCAAGAAGUUCAUACCUCGAGACUUUGUCAACAACAUCUACUUUCACGGACACGAUUUGAAGUCCCUUCAGCAACACAUACCUAUCGAGUGUCUUCCAGAGAGAUACGGUGGCACUUGCAAAUUGCAUUGCAAUUAUUCAACAUGGUUAAACAAAAUAAAAAAAUACAGAACACAAGAAUUCGAUACUGAAAUGAAACGGUUAGGGUACAUUAUUAAAGAGUGAUGCUAUUGUAUUUUUGAUAAAUCUGCAAUUCAAUUAUGUGCCUUAAGCGCAGUUCACACUGAAUGCUAAACUAAACGAACCUAACUUAGUUUAGUUCACGUAGUUACGAUCACUUUUUAUGUUGAAGUUUACACUGUGAUCUACAGUGCUGAAUUGAUUGAACCAUAUGAGCUAGGAAACCUCACAAUGUAAUUCUAGUGUAAUUCUUUGCACGGGAGUAAGAGAAGAGCUAAAGGAGAAGUACAAAUGGAUAAAUGUUUCUAUUAGCAAUAUUAUUUAUUUUGAUCUUCUAUCUGUUCUCCUUUAAACAAAGGUUGUCUGCAAGAGAUUGCCAUAACGAUAAGACCGCCUUUUGUAUCUUUAUUUAUUUAUUAAUUGUACAAUAAAACUUUUUUAUGUCUAUAUUUUAAUCUGUACUUUAUAUUACUGUAAUUUAAUUGAAUUGUCUCAUUGUCAUUGUAUAUUAUUAUAUUUUUGAUACAAUAAAAAGUUAAACAAAUAAAUAAUUUAUUUUGGACUGAUUUACAUACGACAAUCUUGCAAUAAUUAAAAGAUACAACGAUUUCCUAGCAACCAUACUAAAUUCAAAGAUAUUUGUUAUAGAUCAUUUUUCUUUUUAUGUUCUAUCUAUUUUAUGUGGUCUCCAUUUGCCCCGUCACUAUAUCUUUUAUAUAUCCCUAGUUUUCAAUGUAAGGUCAUAUUAGUUUGCAUAGCUACGUCUAGCUCAUAUAAUUGGAUAUGAGCUAAACUAAGUGAGCUAAGCUAAACAAACUUAGGUUCGCUUUCUCAAUGUGAAUUGUGCUUUAAAAUGAUUUUUACGGAUAAAAUCAAUUAACAUAUAUUUUCCACGUAGAGGUAGCUGAGUAUUUUGUGAUCCAUUAAUCUAAAUAUUGAUUUAAUAACUUUAGUUAUACCUUAUUUUUUUCUCUAACAUCAAGAACUUUAGAGACCUCUAGUGGAGAACAAAUGUUUCAAUAUUUUUAAACUAUGUCGGAGUUGAGUGCUUUUGAAAAUAUAUAAAAAAUGUAGCAACAUAGCUAUUGUUAAUCAAUUUUCAUAAGCGAACAAUUUUCAACAUUUCCAAUUGAUUAUUUCAAAGUAUACGUAAUAUUGAAAAUUAUUUGGUGGCUUUUUUUUAUAAAACUCUACAUUGGACCAUACCAACUUGAGCAAACACCAUGAAUGUUCCGUGAAUGUAAUGGAAUAAAAAGAAAUUGUUGUUUUUGAAAAUUGACUAAUUGAAUCGAAAAUCCCUACGUAGUCCUCAUAUUAAUGCAUAAACACUCUCAAAAAGUGUUAGCGUUUAUAAGUCUCUCAAUUCGCACUCAAAAACAAAAGAAUUCAUAUGCCAAAAAAAUAUUAAACGAGAUUCGUACCUGUAUAAUUAUAGACUUGAAAAAUUAUAUCACCAAAAAGAGUUUGUAAUUUUUUAUUAGAGUUUUAAAGGUAGUAAGCAGUGGAUAAACGUAACCUGUUAAAUAAUAUUAUGUUUUUAAGAGAGAAAGAAACAUAUCAUAUAUGUAUAUAAAGUACUUCUACUUAAAUUCCUAGGUUCCUAAUUAAUUGGGGUGUAAGUUAUGAUUAUGUAUAUUAAGUAUAAUAAAAAGUUAUGAAAACUUAUAUAAACGUGACUAAUAAAUGUUUAUAUAUUGUUAGAUGUGGACAGUUACCUAGGUAAGUUGGCCUCUUUCGAAACAAACAGUGGAGAAAAUGAAGUUGAUAGAAGAAUAAAUACAAAACAUGGAAGAAAUACUGGGCUCAAAAAGAAAUCCUUAAAGGCAACUACAGCCUCAACUUAAAAAAGAUAAUUAUGGAUUCCUGCAUCCUGCCAAGCCUGACAUAUGCAUGCCAAACAUGGACCUAUACUGAAAAAAUAAAGAACAAAAUCCUAUCAUGUUAGCAUGCCACGGAAAGAAGUAAUUUAAACUUAAGAAAAAUACAGAAAAUAAGAAACACUGAUAUUAGGAAAAAAACCAAAAAAACAGAUGCUCUUCAGUAUAGUAUGAAACAGAAUUGGAGACGGGCAGGUCAUAUAGUGAGGUACAAAGAUAAAAGGUGGACUUUCCCAACAACGAAA